CUUCUUCUUGGCCUCUCCGCUUUACAUGAUUUGACCGGAAAUGGCAUCCCAGAUAGUGCCUGAGCGGCCUGCGUGCGACCUCUGCCACAACAGAAAGGUGAAAUGUGACCGCUACGACCCGUGCAUGAACUGCGUUGAUGCGCGCACAGAAUGUCGUCGCACACGGCCCCGACGCAGUAUGCGUCCUAGGGUUUCCCGCAUUGCAAGGCUGUCGGAGAGGCUCUCGUCGGUUGAGCAGUUGGUUCUCAAUCCUCACCCCGGUGCUCCCGCUUCGCAGCCCGUCCUUGAUCCGCGAGAGGAAGCAGAGCACAUUGCUCGAAGCGGUCGAACCUCGCAAGCACCCAGCUCGGGGGGUUGGAGCGCGCGAGCCAGAGAGAGCGAGAGCACCGCUCACCCGGCAGCCACCGCAGAAGACACAUCGAUGCAGCCAGCGAACGAAGCCCGGCGCUUCAUUCAGCAAGAGCUGCAGCGCAGCGACCAUCUAUCCUCGCUCCAGCGCACCGUGUUGGAAAAUGCACUGUCUCUAGUUAACAGGCUCUCAACCGCGACAUGUCAUUCUAAAGUCUCGUCUGCAGGACACGCGCAGGCCUUAGAGGAACAAGAUGAGACAACACAGGAGUUCUCAAUAGAGACAUACUACAUGAUGUCGAAGCAUAUGGUACAUCAGACUUCGCCGGGGAAGCACAUACACUGGCCCGACCACGUCUCGGUCAAGGGGCUGGAGCACAUGAGCCUGUCCCUGGUUGAGGGAAAGCUGGAUAGGCAGACCUCUUUGCACUACCGCGUCUGUGUAUACGUCAAAGCUAUCUUCUUCCUGGCGCGGAUGCGACAGCCACAACUGACGCCACGGUUACGCUCGCAUAUGAAAAUGAGCCAUACAAAAUACAUGACGGCGGCAUCCAGGGCGCUGGAGCAGAUUAAUUUGACUGAGAAUCCCUCCAUUUCUCUCAUACAGGCUCUACUGUCCGGAGCACUCCUCCAUCAGAUGCAAGGAAAUAUCACGAAAGCGUGGACGAUGACAUCCUUCGCCGCGCGGCUGCUCGUUGCCCUGAACUACCACACCGUCAGUAACGACACGCCGAUUCAGAGCCAGGAGGACGAAGACGCCCGCCGCUGUUUGUUCUCCUGCCACUACCUCGAUAAGUCGCUUAGCAUGCAUCUUCUGCGGCCACCGUCGCUUCCACGGUUAAGAUUCAGCCCCGCGUCGCUAAGAACUACCAAUGGCCAGGCGGGGCUGGCGAUGAUUGCCAAAACAGUGUCUGAGUUUGCAGAAGUCCAGGAGGCUGCACUUGAGGUCUUUUUUGCCCAAUCAAUAGCAGACGACGAUGGUGAGGAGAGAGCGGCCAGGCUGGACGGGGCAAUUCAGCAGUUGGUUGCGCUGAAGCGGGUGCUUGACGAGCGCCGUCUAAACGGCAGUCAGCAGGAAUUGGAGCUAGAAUGGGAUGUCACCGAGUUCCGGUACCACGCGAUUAUGACCACACUCCUGCAGUACCGCUCCGAGUGGGAGCAGGACAAGCCUGGGAAGAAGGAUAAGUGUUUGCAAUCUGCGCGACAGGCUCUGGAAGCGCUGCGCCAACUGCAGAAUACCAUCAACGCAAGCAACGUAUUCAACGGCAGCUAUCCGAUUUUUCUCUCCUGGACCAUCUUGUUUUACCCUAUGACCCCCUUUUACAUUAUCUUCUGCAACGUGGUGGGCACAUCCAACAUGGAAGACUACCAGCUGCUGCGCGACACCACACAGGGACUGCAGCAGUUCAUCGACUACAACCCGGCCAUAGCCCGGUUAUACCACCUCUUCACCACCUUCCUCAACUUGUGUAGUCCCCUGGUGAACCCCCCUGUAGUUCAAGAGGAUGCAAUGAUGGUUUCUUCGCUGGAGCAGCCGAUUUCCAUGGAUAUGCGGCCCGAGAUGGGCCCGUGGUGGAACAGCGAAGACAUGUGGGAGUUGUUCAACACGCAGCCCUUGCUACAAUGGGUGGAUGCAGACAACCUUAUUCUCUAGUCACGAACCCCCAGGACCACGGUUUAGCUGUGAGACCUCAGUCAUCCCAUGCCUUAUCACAUGACUGUCAUGCACAGGUCACGUGAUCUCCUAGACCCAAAGGAUUACUGAUGGCAAUCUCUGAGAAAAUAAUUAGAAUAUAGGACUUGCCAGAAGCAAGAUAGAAACUGAUUAAAGA